GAGAAGUCGCUCAGUCUGCCGGCCCUACGAGCCGACCUGCCCGUCGUCGCAGGUUACACAGCCAGAGUGUCCCUCACGGCCGCAGACUCCCCCUGCAGCCGCCGCCGCCACCGCCGCCAUUGCUGCUGUUUGUUUUCAUCCGCUCAGGGCGAGCGGGGAGCGCUGACUCCGCAUCCGCCGCGGCACUUUCCACAGAGACGAGGACCCGCCUCCCGUUAUCAGCGACGCCCCCCCGCCCCAGUGGGCCAGCCCGCAGCCGUUAAUUAUCGGCGGGAGGCGAGAAUGCCCACCUGGGAGGCUUAAAGGGGUGAAGGGCCGGUCUCGUGAGGAAUCUGCGAUUGGGAAUGAACAGGCCGGGCGCCGUGAGAGGGACUUGGAGCUCCGCCUCGGGAUCCGGGUGCUGGGAAGGGACUUCGGGACAGGCUCCCUUGCGCUAUCGGGGUAAAUCGGGGGCCCGGCGGAGAGGGAGGUGUGGACGCGUAGCCGCGCCGCGAAACAUGCUUAUAUCCUGCGCUUUCAGUCUUUCUCCAAGCGCAGAACCCCUCUCCCGCUUCCGUCCUCCCUGGAAGACCCCCUUGCGCCCCCCCUAGUCUUCUCCCCGCUUCUCUAGGGAGGAACUUGUAGUCCACCACAGGGCCGGAUUUAGGUUUGAUGAGGCCCUAGGCUACUGGAGGUAAUGGGACCCUUUAUAUGUCCAGCUGUCCUUUGUCAACAACAAAUUGCCGCUGUUUUUUGUGUUGAAUACUGUAUAUACUAUAUGGUAAUUUAUGGACCUAAUAGGUAUCUAAAGCCGUUUGCACAUAACAAAUAGGAGCCUACACAACACAAAAUACUGUUGCUGUAUGUAGGUUUUAUUUUAUUUGUUUUUUAUCUUAUAUUUUGGAAAUGUACAUCCAUUUUUUUCCCCCUUUAAAUUUUUUUGGGACCCCCAAGAGAGUGGAGCCCUAAGCUAUAACUUGUUUAGCUUAUACGUAAAUCCGGCACUGGUCCACCAGAUGGUGUUGCACUACCGUUGCCACCAUUGGCCAUGCUGGCCAGUGCUGAUGGGGAGAGUUGGAGCGGGUGAGAUUUCCCACAACUACUGUUGGGUUACCCUGCUGCAUGUUCCGCUUUCACAGCAUCCUCCAAUAAGGCAAAUUCAUGCCCCUUUCGCAGAGACCUGUCUGCUUUUCAGCUCUCUUUUGCAGUUCCUGCUUCAUCAGGUGCCCUUCACUUCCCACCACAAACAGUUUAAUGCCUCAUUGCCAUUCUUCUCCCUCUCUUGCACCCCUUCACCUUUCGUCAUUCAUGCUUUGGGUCCUUUAGGAAAGUCAUUCCUGGUGGCUCAACCGAGAAGCGUGAAUGAAACCUUGAAAGUGACACAUGAGAACCCAUCUGGAUUAGACCACAGGCCCAUUUGAUUCUGUAUUGUGCCCUCACACAGUCACUAACCAGAUGCCUGGAGAUGGCCUCCUUCUUUGGGUGCACUCUCUUCUUCAAACAUAGUCUUGAGUGUCAGACGUGUAUUUUGCUGCACAAAGGUUAUUGCAUGUUUUUUUAGACAUACUCAUAUAGAUGUGUCUCAUGUAUGUUACAAAACAAAACAUUGCAUUCUCAGACAUUGAUAAUGAUGCUACAUUUCCUUCUAAAUCUAUUUACAGUAUCUCAAAAUGAUGAUAGGGAUAUUAAUGACAUAUCAGUUACAACAGUUAAUUGUGGGCUUAACAACUAGCUGCUAAAUACCAGGAAUAUUUUUUUUAAGUAGACAUAUUGCCUCAGCUGUUACUGAGACAAAAUAAUAUAUUACACAUAUGUCAGUUGCAACUACUUUUGUAUUCAUCGCUGGAAAAAGGAAAGCAUUUAUCUUUUAGUCUCUUGGCUGGAAUCUACACACAUUUAGAAAACACUAUGAAAAUGCUUUUUUAAAAAAAGUUUUGAAAAAUACAUUGAAUUUGGCAUAGCUCACUCUCGCCAUCUAGUGUCACAUUUGUAUAUUGCACUCUACAACACAUUUAAAGUAUUUUAUUUGCAGCUGUGUAGCUGAGUCUUGGUAGCAGAGUCUGUAUGUAUGCUGGCACGUCUUCUGAGUUGGUUUAUUGACGUAGGUAAAACCUGCCUUGUUUUUGACAACUUGCCAGGUACUCAUGGGUGACCAAGAAAUUCAUGUAGGUGAAUGAACAGGUUGGUGGAGGAGGAGUGGGUUACUUGGUCUCUUCUCUGCCAGUCCACUUGGUUUCUUUGCUAGCCAGGCAGGAAGGAAAGCCUAUUCUUUCAUAACCAUGAAAUAGGCUAGUGAAGGAGGAGCAGAUAUACCCUUCCUUCCUACAUGCCCUUUCACUUAGCAAGCUGGUUAAAAAAGCUGACUUCUAAGAGUCUAGUAGCUUGCAUUUUCAUGUUGGCCACAGAAGAGGGGACUUUCCCUCCUCCAUGGCCACCAUGGCAACACAGACUUCUGGCUUCUUAGUAAGCUGUGGUGGUGAGCUAAUUACUUUUGUGGGCUUAUUUUCAAUGAUGGCUAAUACUAAGUAAUCCCUCAGUUGUUUGGGGGAAUUCACACCUUUGGUAUCAGAUGUUCAUAGAGGAACCAGACCAGAUUCAAUCCAUUGGUUUUUGGUUUUUAUUAUUAUUAAAUUGUUAAUCUUGUGAGUGCACAAUAACACAACUAUUAUGAGAGAGGGGAUGACAAUCAAGCAUUGUCCAUACAUUCAGAGGGACAGAAUGUUAUGUUUAUGUAAUGCAACACAUGGGUAUAUGAAGAGGGGGAAAUGCUUAUUACAUACAGGAAUGAGGAGAUAAUGCAAACUGUUAACAUUUUGGCUGCUUCCAGCAAUGGACUCCAACUGAGAACAGAAAAAUUCUCUUGUAGAGAUGCCACCCUAAACUUAUAGGCUAUAUCUGAUACCAAAGUGCCCCUUACAUUGCUAUUUAAUUAGAUACCUACCUGCCUCCUUUGUAUUAUAACUACUGGGAGUCACUGGUGGACAUUAAAAAACAGGAUACAAGAAAUACAGUAUUACUUUGUUGAAACUUUGAUUUUGCAAGAUUGGAACUCCUUGGUUCUCAAGACAGCUCCUUGCCACUAAAAUAUGACUGACUUGUUUAACAAUGGAAAAGAGUGGUUGGGUGAAGCAUCUCUGUUUAUAUAACUUGCUCUUCUUAGGCACAUAGUUUCAGUACAUUUAUCAACUCCAGUUGUUCCAGAAUUCUAGAUUUUGUGUGCACUUGGACAAACAGAAAAAAUAUCCUUGAGGGACAGCACAGCUUAUUAACAAGCAUUAGAACAAAGCAACUCUUUGUUUCUCAGUGCUUUACGUUUCUAAAAAUAUCACCAGCUUAAGUUUUGCCAAUUCACACCCUCAUGCCUCAUACAGCCAAUUAAUUUUAAUGCAGUAACACAUAAAGAAAGAAAUUUUCCUAGUCUUGUUUAACCGGUUCAGAGAGAGAAUGUAAACAUAGCACUAAUUUAUUGUGAAAUAUGUACUCAACAGUUCCAAUUUUGCGUAUGACCCAAGGUCAGUACUAAUUGUGCAUUCUUGCUUUCUCAAGAAUGUCCCAUGACCCUGUGUGAAAUUAUAUACAGCUCCAAAAAAAAUUCCACUGGAAAUUUCCCAGAACUACGACCAUGAUUCAUUGGCUCUUUCAUUGAAAUUAAUAGCAGAAUCCCAUGGAGAUAAUAUUGUCAACUUUUCUGGUAGAAUGUUAUCUGGUAGGACUCAGCCACGUUAAUAGGACUGUGGGAAAGUUUUCUAUAUUUCUUUUCCUUGUGUUCUCAGUUGUAUGAUCUGGUCUCAUAGCAAUUAGUGUAAAUGCCAAGUUAAAUUAAAGUGUACAUUUGUAAACUAAUUUCAAAACCCUAUUUACUUAAGCCAAUAGGUUUAUUUGUGUGUAAUUAGUAUGAAAUUGACAGUAGAGUCAAGUAGGCUGUUAGGAUCCAUGUCCUCAAUUUUCCUUUUUUUUGGCUCCAAUGUAGGUGAGUAGAGAGAAGAAAGAUCAACCCAUCAUGGCUGUUCCCAUAGCCAUUCUUGAUUGUGAUCUCUUGCUAUAUGGUCGUGGGCAUCGAACACUUGAUCGUUUCAAACUGGAGGAUGUGACUGAUGAAUAUCUGGUGUCUAUGUAUGGCUUCCCACGUCACUUCAUUUACUAUCUGGUGGAUCUUCUGGGUGCCAGCCUUUCUCGUCCUACACAACGAUCAAGGGCCAUUAGCCCAGAGACGCAAAUUCUUGCUGCAUUAGGUUUUUACACUUCUGGUUCUUUCCAGACUCGCAUGGGAGAUGCCAUUGGCAUCAGCCAGGCCUCUAUGAGCCGUUGUGUUGCCAAUGUUACUGAGGCCCUGGUGGAGAGGGCAUCUCAGUUCAUUCAUUUCCCAGAUGAUGAAGUGUCGGUGCAGCAUCUGAAAGAUGACUUUUAUGGGCUGGCAGGUAUGCCAGGGGUACUAGGACUAGUUGAUUGCAACCAUGUCGCAAUAAAGGCACCCAGUGCUGAGGACUUGUCAUAUGUGAAUAGAAAGGGCCUUCAUUCUUUAAACUGCCUGAUGGUUUGUGACGCCAGGGGAAUGCUACUGAGUGCGGAAACACACUGGCCAGGCAGCUUGCAGGACUGUGCUGUGCUGCAGCAGUCAGCCCUCAGGAACCAGUUUGAAGCUGGCAUGCACAAAGAUGGCUGGCUACUUGGUAAGUUCUUUCUCAUGACUGGCAUCUUUGAAAGUCUAUUUUGGUGGAAUUUCUGUUUGGUUCUGUGACAUGCCACAUAACAUUUAUGUGUCAAAACUGCAGAUUUUACAGUUCUCCCUCUAUAAAGAUAAAUCAAACAAAGGUAGCAUGAAACAGAAUAAUAGGGUAGCAUAAAACAUAGAAUCUUAGAGUUGGAAGGGACCCCAAGGGUCAUCUAGCCCAACCCCUUGCAAUGCAGGAACCUCUGCAAAAGCAUCAGUGACAGAUGGCCAUCCAACCUUUGGUUAAAAACCUUCAAGGAGGGAGAGUCCACCACUUUUUGUGGUCAACAGCUCUGACUGUCUGAAAGUUUUACCGAAUGUUUAGUCUGAAUCUCCUUUCUUGCAACUUGAAGCCAUUGGUUCGAGUCCUACCCUCCAGAGCAGGAGAAAACAAGCAUGCUCCCUCCUCCAUGUGGCAGGCCUUAAGAUAUUUGAAGAUGGCUAUCAUAUCUCCUCUGAGUCUCCUCUUUCCCAAGCUAAACAUACCCAGCUCCUUCAAGCGCUCCUCAUAAGGCUUAGUUUCCAGACCCUUGAUCAUCUUGGUUGCCCUCCUGGCUUCAUACACAUAUCUGGCUUCAUAUAGAUGCCUGGUUUUAUUAUCAGGUGAUGGAAUUAUUUGCACUCUCCUGUCCCUGUUUGGUUUGUGAUCUUUCUUUUUCUUUUGACAGGUGAUAGUUCAUUCUUUCUUCGCACUUGGCUAAUGACCCCUCUGCAUAUUCCUGAAACGCCUGCAGAGUGCCGGUAUAACAUGGCACAUUCAGCCACUCACAAUGUCAUUGAACGUACAUUCAGGACAAUUCGGUCCCACUUCCGUUGCCUGGAUGGGUCAAAGGGCACGUUGCAGUAUUCUCCCGAGAAGGCCAGCCACAUCAUUCUGGCUUGCUGCGUGCUUCAUAACAUUUCUCUAGAGCAUGGACUGGAUGUGUGGUCUUCCCAAACGAUGGGACAGAUGGAACAGCCAGAGGAAGAAUAUGAGCAUAUGGAAUCACUUGACUCUGAAGCUGAUCGAGUUCGUCAGGAAUUAUUACUUGCUCAUUUUAGCUAACAUUACAAGACAUACUAAGUUUGACAUAUUAAAAGACAUGCAAACAAUUAUGAUAGAUCCUGAUUUUCCUCUUACAUUCAUCAAGAGAAAUAAAUGGGGAUGCAACUAUUGAAAUUGAAAUUUUGUGUUUGUAUAAUAUUUUGCAUUUAAUAUACUAUUUUGGUUUCAUUGUGCACAUUGUAUCUGAUUCCGUCAGUACUCAGUAUUUCAGUACCUGCUACUUUUUAGUGUCCAGCCUUAUUAGAGGACCAUUUUUCAAGGACAAUAUGAUAUGGGAGGAAUGCAUAUUCAGUUUAAUAUUGUAGUUUUAAGUACUUAAAAAUAAAAAAAAUGUAUCUUGUGUAUGGUGUAACAGAUUCGGAACACUUUUGUUUCAGUUAUUAACUGAAGUUCACCCAUAUUGGUCUGUACAGACACAGCAGGUGCUGUAAUUCACCCAACAGUUUAACUUUACCCUUGAUGGCGCACUUUUCCAUUGUCUCUUGAGACAAAUGAAUGCCAACUAACUAAACUGUAAAGGCGGC